GACCAGAGAUGGACACAAACAGGACAGCAAAGUCUUGCUCUUGCCGGACACUUGUGAAACUCGUUAAACAGCUUGAGUUUGCAGUACAGAUGUCAUGUGACUGCUGUGUGAAUGCAGUGAAGGGUGUCUUGGAGAAAGAGCCAGGUGUGCAGUCAGUGUAUAUAGACUUGGCUAAGGAGGAAGUGUUGGUUGAAACUGUACUCACCUCUCUGCAGGUCCAGAACCUCAUUGAAAGCACAGGCAAAAGAGCUGUGCUGAAGGGAAUGGGCAGCUCAGAAACAGACUUGGGCGCUGCCGUGGCCAUGUUGAAUGGGGCGGGGCUAGUGCAGGGCAUUGUCCGUUUCCUGCAGCUGUCACAGGAUCGUUGUUUGAUUGACGGGACGAUUGAUGGGCUGGCACCUGGAGCACAUGGCCUGCAUGUGCAUGAACUGGGGGACCUCACACAGGAUUGCAUAAGCUGUGGAGAUCACUUCAACCCUUUCAGGAAACAGCAUGGAGCUCCUCAAGACUCAGAGAGGCAUGUGGGAGAUCUGGGAAAUAUCACAGCUGGUCCUGAUGGCAGAGCUUCAUUCAGAUUAGAAGACUCUCAGAUAAAGGUGUGGGAUGUGAUUGGUCGAUCUCUGGUGGUAGAUUCAGGAGAGGAUGAUUUGGGCCGUGGGAGUCACCCACUGUCCAAAAUAACAGGAAACUCAGGAGAAAGGCUGGCAUGUGGAAUCAUUGCACGCUGUGCCGGGUUGUUUCAGAACCCCAAACAGAUUUGUGCCUGUGAUGGUGUCACUCUGUGGGAGGAGAGAGAUCGGCCGAUAGCUGGGAAAGGACGUAAAGUCACUGACGCACCAGCAGCUAAUUUGUAAUGGGGUGAGGAUGUGACCUUCCAAUGUGUUAAGGACUGCAGAUGGAUGUGAGCUGCACAGAAGAAAGGAACGAAAGGUAGAUGAUCAAAGAGAAACCAAAAUGUGCCUGUGUGAAGCUGCCCAGAAUGUCCAUUCAAGUUGUAGCAUGUAAGAUCGAGCCAGUUCUUGAAGUUCGGAUGUACUCACUUGACACAAAUACAAUAUCGAACCAUGUAUAAAUAUGUAAAUUGGUUGUGUGAAUGCAGAACCUGUUCUCAUCGAUUUCUCUUAAAUCAUCA